CAAAAAGCGAAGAAACCCAUUUCUGGAGGUCAAGCGGUCAACCAAACGCAACCUUACGUAAUUGUUGACGUCACCUCCGCAGGCGCAACCUCCCCCACGGUCCGUCGCGCGUCCCCCGUCGACCACCGCCAUCCACCGACUGCUCCCGGCGCUCCCCCAUUCCUUACCCCCGCGAUGGCGCCCCGCGGCGGUGGUAGCCAGUCGUACGGCUUCCCGAUCUACUGCGCCUCCUGGCUCCCCCUCGCUCACAUCCUCAAACCCGACGCCGCCGCCGACGACGCGGACGCGGACGCCUCGUCCUCCUCUCCCCCGCCGCCCCCACCCCCGAUGGCCGUGCUCGGUGGCGGCGGCGGGGAGGGUCGGAGCGGCGUUCCCAACAAGCUCGUGGUCGCCGCGCUCGACUCAGCCGCCGCUGCGGGGGAUGCGGCGGCGACCCCGGCCCUCUCCACCGAACCGGUGCUUGAGGAGGGGACGAAGGAGGAGGUGCCGUACAGGAUGGCCGUCCACCCCCGCGGCGACGGCGUCCUCUGCGCAUUCCCCAACGGCUGCAGGUUGUAUCGGUGGAAAUCAAAGGAAGGAAAGGAACCAUGUAAGCUAGCUUUGAAGUCUGAUGAGGAAGCACUAGUGGAGCUAAAAGAUGUUGGUUCGCAGUUGGCCGUAUUAUUCAGUGGAGAGGGUUCAGUGCUUGCCACUGGUGGUGAGGAUGGGAAUUUAAGGGUCUUCAAAUGGCCUGCAAUGGAGUCUGUUCUCACAGAAGCUGAUACUAAGGCAUCGGUUAAGGAUCUUAGCUUCAGUUCCGAUGAGAAGUUUCUUGCUGUGAAUAGGAGCAGUGGCCCAUGUAGAGUGUGGGACUUGCAGUCAUCUGAAGUUGUAGCUAAUCUACCAAUAGAAGCAGGAGAAAUAUUUAGCUUCUGCAGAUUCUCUAAUAGGACUGACAACAGUCACAUCCUGUUUGUUACAGCAAUGCAAGGUGAUUAUUGGAAAAUAAUAUCUUGGAAUUCUACCUCAUGGACGAGAAUUGGAUCAAAGAGAAUAACUCGUGAGGCAAUUUCAGCUUUUGCUGUCUCGCCAGAUGGUGUUCUUCUCGCAAUUGGAACAAUUGAAGGAAGCAUCAUCGUACUUGGCUCAAAAGAUAUGCGGACACUUGGCACUGUUAAAAAAGCACAUCUUGGCAUUGUUACAACACUGGCCUUCUCCCAGGAUUCAAGAACUUUACUGUCAAGUUCCUUCGACUCAACUGCAAGGGUGACAUCAGUUGGAUCUCCAAAGAGUAAUGGUACAAGCGUAUGGCCCAUGAUACUAGUUAUCAUUCUUGCAAUAUUGGUAUACUACUGUAUGCAGCACAAAGAAGACCUCUUGGCGAUGUUGCCGCGUUGAGAUUUUUGUUCAGGCUCUACUGAUGUCUCAUAUACUUGCCUCUGUGAUUACCUGAUCUUCUACUGGAGAUAUACGAGGUAUUGCUUCAGAGAUUGAACAAAUUUUUGUCUUAGGUCAACUGUCAUUAUUUUUUCUAGGACAGCGGAACAGCAAAAAAGGGCCUUCGGGCCUUUACCUUGUCACGCUUGUAUAAAAAAAAGGUCAUGUACUCAUGUCGUCGAAAUUUUGUAAAUUAAUGGCCGCAAGUGAGUUUAGUCGUCUGUAGCCAUGUUUCUUCCUGCGGCACUUAUAACUGUAUGAACAAUAGAAAUGCAAGGAGAGCAUUACAAUAUAUAUGUGAUGACAAAUCUUUCUUGGACUGUAAAA